ACAGGCCACAGGGACAUCAUAAUUUUUCUUUUUAUUCUAGACACCAGUCUAUGUAGUUUUCGCCUGUGAUAUCGUUCUGAUAUCCGCCCUGAGCCUACAGCCCCGAUUGGCCCCCAUACCCAUACUUUUAUUCUAGCUGGUAAGUGGCGCCACGACGUCCCGGCCUAGAACAAUUUAGCGGCAUUUUAAAUCUCGAACUUUAUGGACGAUGUUAUUCGUUGAACGUGAAUUAUCUUGACGUGCUUGAACGGCUGCAGCGGGCAUUUCGGAAACGGCAACCGAGUUUAUCUCAGGUAUUUUGCAAAUGGAAAACCUCUCGCCAUGUGUGGUGCACCCGGCGAAGGACACAGCACCUGUAACUCCCCUAAAUUCACAAGGGUGUGUUUUUGACAAAGAGCUGCUCAUUAACGAGUCACAGGUGACGUUCUACUCUACACCAGCAACACAGUCCUUUGCGUCAUCCUGCGUGGGCUCACGAUCUGUGAAGGAAACACCGAGACAGAGCAGCAGAUGCAUCUUCGACGAUGACGGAAAAGAGGUUGAGAAGGUUGUUCAACACCUCUCAUUUACUGUAUGCGACACUCAGCAAGUAGAUGUCACAACAGAGAAUGUCCUUGCUGAGAUCAAGAAGGAAUCAACAGGUCUCAUCCAGACCUCCUCCUGCAACUUGCAGUCAUUCACCGUCACAAACGAUGACAAAGGGGCCGGUGAACUUCCUACCACAAGCAAUACCAUUCAGGCACCCUCUGGCUCUGCGUUGUGUAGCCCUCUAUGCACUGAUACGGCCAAAGAAACUCCCUGUGAAGAUUUGGAGAGCACCUUCAUUACUUCACGAGGAAUUGGGGAUGCUGUACCCUCACAAAGCCCUUUAAACGUAACCAUGGCCUUGGGCGCUAAUGCUUUAGUGGAAGUUGCGAAUGUUCAACCAAUGCAAGAACAUCAUGACCAGGGUGACCAAUGGCUGACUUCCAAUAAUGCAUGUCAGAGCCUUCAAGAAGCACAACCGCUGGAGCACGGUGAUUUCUGUGCGAAAGAUACAACAUUCCUUGAAAAGCAUGCUGAACAAGAAGUGCCCGGGUCCACGGAAAGAACGACUUCCACAGCUGAACCAGCCGUGGCCGAUACAGAUGGUUCAGAAGGAGCGGAACAUCACGCAACAGUGCCAGGUCCGACAUUGGGUGGCAUGAACGACACUUUUCAAAUGAGUGAGCCAAUGAAAGGUGACCCUAACACCACCAUAGACGGAGCGCAAAGUCGCGGAGUGUGUAACAAAACAGUGAACGUCGAAAGCAAGGAGAACAUUAGGAAAGCCCCUGCCGCAUGUUCAACUGUUCAGAACAAGCAGCCUUCGCAGCGUUUGCCUGGAGCUGUAAGGAAAGCCGUCCCACCAUCAAGAAUGUCCCUGGUGCCACGUGCUGCAACGCAGAGAAGAACUGCCGUCGGACGACCGGGGCCAGCGACAGCAGGUCAGCAAGGUCUUUGCAGGCAAACAACUGCACAGCCUCUCAAGGCAACUUUUGAUGACAAAGCAGGGCAGGCUGAACGUCUGGCAGGGCAGGCGGCGGGAUUGUCAUCGAGAGGAAAAGUUCCCAGCAGAGGAACCCUGGUCCGACAACUGAGACCCCCCUUACGGUACAGUAAGCCAUUGCAAGGCAAUCAGCCAGUUGUGCCUUCAGUGCGAGGUGCCAGUAAAGGACAUCCAGUUAGAGAAGUCCAGGAUUCUGUAGCCACUGCCUCUGCACCAGCACAAGGUUGCAACUGUGAGGCAUCACGGCUGAAAACUGCAAGUACAAGGCUACAAAGGCCAAAAAUAACAUUAGGGCACUCACAGAUCAGGAAGCAGCCACCAACCCACCCAGCCCAAGUCAAGGGGAACUUUGCAUCCACACCAGUCAGGAGUGGUGUACCAGUUAUUGGCCAUGGGGAGCUGCCAACACCAAUAAAGAAGUUGUAGAAGGAUUUGUACAAAUCAAAUAUUUUACAGAUUUUAUAAUUUUACAAGGUUUUACUGCCGCAGUUGCGAAACAAAAUUAUCGAAUAAAAUAAACGUGAAUACACAUGUA